AAGGCAGCUUCUCCUCGCGCCGUCGCAGCUUCAACAAUUGGCUGCACCAGACCAUGCACCAUGACAGGCGCAGGACCAUGGUGUCGCUGAGCUUCAGCUCGCUGACGACGCUGAUCAACCGGGAGGAUCUGCCGGCCUUCACCUCCUUCCUCAACAACAGAAACGUGGCCCUCGAUGACCGCGACGAGAAUGGCACGACAGCCAUGAUGGUGGCGGCGGAGAAGGGCCACCCGGCCUUCAUCCACGCCCUGGUUGAGUUCGGCGCUGACGUCAACGUCGCCGACCUGGACAACUGGACAGCAUUACACAAUGCUGCUAAAGAGGGCCACGUGGAGUGUGUACGAGAACUACUGGAGGCCGGCGCGAACACGGAAGCCAAAGACAUGGGCGGCUGGACCCCGCUGCUCUGGGCCGCCUACCAGCACCGCACCGAGGUGGUGCGCACGCUCGUGGAGGCGGGUGCCAACAUGAACGUGCCCGGCCAGCACCACAUGACGGCACUGGUGUGGGCUGCCGGUCGCGGCUACCUGGACGUGGUGCAGCUGCUGCUGCAGCACCACGCCAAGGUCAACAUCAACGACAAGUUCGGCACGUCGCCACUCAUCUGGGCUUGUCGCAAAGGCUACUCCAACAUCGUGGCCGAACUCCUGAAUGCAGGUGCCCACGUGGACGCCUCGGGAAUGUAUUCCUGGACGCCAAUGCUGCUAGCGGUAAAGGGCGGCCACUCCGACAUUGUGGAGAUGCUGGUGGCGCACAAGCCUAACCUGAACGUGACGGACAAGGACGGCGUGACGCCGCUGAUCCUGGCCGCCAAGGAGGGCUUCCUGGACAUCGCCGCCGCGCUGGUCAACGCCGGAGCCUACAUUAACCUUCAGGACCGGAGCGGCGACACCUGUCUGAUCUGCGCCUGCCGCGCCGGCCACACGGAGAUCGCCGAGCUGCUGCUCAAGAAGUACGCCGACAUCAACAUCACGGGCAAGGACCACAAGACGGCGCUCUACUGGGCCGUCGAGAAGAACCACUUCGAGGUGGUCAAGAUGCUGCUAGAGGUGCACGCCGACACAGAGACAUCCACCAAGGAGGGCGACACGGCGCUGCUGCGGGCCGUCCGCAACCGGCAGGCCGAGAUUGUGGAGCUGCUGCUGGACCGCAAGGCGCGCAUCACGGCCGCCGACGUUAAGGGCGACACCUGCCUGCACAUCGCCAUGCGCGCGCGGUCGCGGCACAUCGUGGAAAUCCUGCUGCGCAACCCGAAGCACAGCAAGCUGUUGUACCGGCCCAAUAAGGCGGGCGAGACGCCCUACAACAUCGACAUCGGUCACAAGCGAGCCAUCCUCGGCGACAUCUUUGGCGCCCGCAAGCUGAACACGAACGAGGAGAACGAGAACCGGCUCGGUUACGACCUGUACUCGGGCGCGCUGGCCGACUUCCUCUCGGAGCCGGCGCUGACGGUGCCUAUCUCGGUGGGCCUCUACGCCAAGUGGGGCUCGGGCAAGUCGUUCCUGCUCGGCAAGCUGACUGAAGAGAUGCGGAACUUCGCCCAGCAGUGGCUGGAGCCGGAGCUGUCGCUGUCGCCGUUCCUCCUCUUUAUCCUCUUCAACCUGGCGCUGCUGUUCGGCGUCGUGUUUGGCGUGGGCUUCUGCAACGUGACCGUGGGCCUGUCGGUCGGCGUGUCCGUCGGAGUCAUGCUCCUCGUGUCCGUGUUCGUCGUCAAGCUCUUCGGGAACAGGUGGGAGCACGAGCGGCUGUACAGCACCAACACUCGGCUGGCGCGCGUGGUCGGCUACCUUCAGCUGCUGGCGCGCAUCACCUUCUGCCACCCGCCCGGACCAAAGGCACGCCGCGACAAGAUGCGCCAGAUCAGGUUCUUCUUCGCGCAGCGGGCGAGCGUGACGUCAGCUGGCCGCGGCGACAACAGCAUCGUGCAGAUGAUCAGCACCCUGUACGAGGACAUAGAGCAGCACUGCGGCCUCCUCGCCUGCCGUCUCUUCCGCGCCUUCCGGCCGCAGCCAGUGUCGCCGGAGAGCGAGUCCAAGUUCCGCCACCUGUGUCUGGUGCCGUACGCCUUCAUCUUCCUGUGGACGGUGUACGUGGCCAUGGCCACGCUGGUGCUCACCGUCCACUACCUCACCUGGGAGCCCUUCAAGGCCAUGGUGGCCGCCCAGCUACUCGCCGGCAACGGAACGACGGUGAUGCCGCCUCCCGUGGAUGUCGACAGCAUCACGUACCAGACGAUCGAGACGCUCCUCAUCGUGCUGUCAGUUACCCUCGGCAUCGUCUUGGUCACCAACAUCCUCACCAUCGGCAAAGUCCUCUACGCGCUUGUCGUACCUCACCGCCUGUACCUGCAGAAGCUGGCCCGCUCCGGUGGUGGCGAGAAGGACCGCUACGUGCAGGCCCUGAAAGACGAGGUCCAGCUGCUCAUCAACAUGGUGCGCUGCAUGGACAGCCUGGCCGACGAGCAGACCCGCCUGGUGGUGGUGGUGGACGGCCUGGACAGCUGCGAGCAGGAGAAGGUGCUCGAGAUCCUGGACAUGGUCAGCACGCUCUUCACCGUGCCCGAGGCGCCGUUCGUCAUCCUGCUCUCGAUCGACCCGCACAUCAUCUCCAAGGCGGUGGAGCUGAACAUCAACAAGGUGUUCUCGCAGACAGCCAUCAGCGGCAACGACUACCUCAAGAACCUGAUCCACCUGCCGUUCUUCCUGCAGAACUCGGCGUUGAGGAAGGUCAACCUGGCCCAGAAGGUGGCCGCUUCUCGCGAGAGGCGCGACACGUGGGUGGAUGCCGAAAAUGACCCGCUUGUUCAGCAACCUUCGAUGUCGGGCGGCGGGCGGCGUAUGUCGGUGGAGUCGGUGACGGCCGGGGUGGCGACCAAGUCUCGUCUGCGGCUGCCCAAGAAGUCGGCGCUGUCGCGGCUGAAAGGCACCGAGAGUGUGGCCAGCAGCGUCGCCUCCAACCUCAACAGGAUCGGCUCGUCGCUGGUGACGGGCACCUCGGACCUGAACCGCGUCCUCCUCACCGACGACUAUUUCUCCGACGUCAACCCGCGGAGCAUGCGCCGUCUGAUGAACGUCAUCUACAUCAGCGGUCGCCUGGUUAAGGCGUUCCACAUCGACUUCAACUGGUACCACUUGGCAUCGUGGAUCAACAUCACGGAACAGUGGCCCUACCGCACCACCUGGAUGAUCCUCUAUUUCGAGUACAACGAGUCCAAGCUGGAGGACAGAAUGUCCCUGUAUGAACUCUACACCAAGAUCCGCGGCCACAUCCCGUCCACGCGCGAGGCCGACCCGCUCUCCGAGUACGACCGGGACGAGAAGAAACUGGACGUGUUCCUCUCCUUCCACAAGCACACGCUGACGCUGGCCGACCUCAAGGUCUUCCUGCCGUUCACCAUCAACCUGGACCCCUUCAUUAAGAAGGUGGUGAAGGAGGAGCACUUCGAUCCGCUGGACGGCCAGCUGGGCGUCCCGGCCGCGUCGGCGCAGACGCUGCCGCUGCCCGGCGCUCGGGGCCUCCCUGCCGCCGCUGCCGCACAACUGGCCGUCCAGCCGGCGGUGGCUGCGCCGCAGCCGGCGCCCCCCUGGCCGCCGCACUAUCACUGGGCUGUGCCGCGCGGUCCGGGCGCCCCGCCGCCGCCGCCGCCGCCGGCUCCCGAGCUGGGGACGCCGUGGCCCUGGCCCUUCCCGCCUGUCCAGAGCUGGCCGCCGCCGGCGCCGGCCUCACCCUUGGCACCGGCCGCCGCACUGCCGCGCAUCCAGCUGCCGGCCAUUUGUAACGAUCGCCUUCUGAGCACCAUGUCAGUAGACGAGGUCUGCCAUCUGGUGUCAGGACUGGCAGGCAUCAGUUCGGAGGCCGCCGCCAAAUACCACCGCACACUGCAGCACAAUAACAUCAGCGGAUGGGUGCUAUGCGCGUGCGACACGGUCGCGCUGAAAAAGACUAUGAAGAUGACGUUUGGUGACUGGGAGACGUUCCGGGCCGCUGUCGAGACGCUGCGGCAGCGCGAGGCGUCAGCGGCCGCCGGCAGCGCCGAGGCAGCCGAGGCGCGCAAGAUUCGCUUCCAGGUCACCACGGACGCGGGCCAAGUGGGGCAAGCCGUCAGCAGCAGCACCGUCAGCGCGGCUACCAGUCCUGUGCCGCCCGAGAGUCGUCCGUCGCCGGCUCCGGCGCCGAGCAGCAGCGGCGGCGCCACCAGACGCCGGCUCAACGAGAAUCACCUGGAGAAGCAGGUGACGCUGGAGGAGCAGAUGAUCUGGGGCGCGCUGCAGACGCUGAACGAGGACGCCUGCGAGGACCUGCGCGAGGACCAGGAAGUGAUGGCCGAGUCCGACGGCGGUGGCCAGUCGGCGCCGGCCGACGACGCCGCCGACACCGCGCCGGACGACGAGGAGGAGACGGCCGUGCUGUACCUGCAGCGUUCGCCGGGCUCGCCGUCCACCGCGGCCGCCACUGCCAUCGCCCCGGCAGUCACGGUCGGUGCCGAGGAGCAAGCGGCGGGCUCCAGCUCGGCCCUCUCCCGCUCUGGCUCCGUGCUGUCUGUCAGGGCUGCCCAGCUGGCGGCUAGCGCCGGCUCGGCGGCCAGCCGCUCGCCGCCGCCGUCCUCGGCCGAGGACGCCGACCGGCUGAGCGUCGACUCGAGCCUGACCGACCUGGCCGCCCGGCCGCCCGGCUCGCCGCGCCACAAGCUGCAUCAGCUGCGCGAGUACCUGUCGCGCACGCUGCCGCAGAAGGUGCGCGUCACGCCGAACGGCGAGGCGACCCCGCUGGUCGAGCUACGCGGCCGCGGCCAGCAGGACGCUGAGCAGUAG